AUGGUAAUUUUAACAGACACUUCAGUCCCAACCGACACCAUAAAAUUGACUCAAAACUCUGUGCAAGCAUACGCUGGAACACAAUCUUUGGGAAAUGGCAAACUAUAUGUAUCAGAAAGUACUUUGGCUUGGAUAAAGGAUGAUAACAAAGGUUUCGACUUAUCCUACCGGUCCAUUAUUUUGCACGCAAUUUCCACAGAUUUGACGAAUUUCGGGCAAGAACAUAUUUAUGUUUUGGUUGAUGGCAAUAAAACUGGUAAGUCUGAAAAGUUUCAGCUUUUAUUUUACUCAAAUUCAUUCAAAAACUUAUCAUGAAUUUAUGUUUAGAAAAUAGAAGAAGACGGCGUGCGCCACUUCUGAUGACACAAAAUGAAUCUGCUGUACUUCAAGGUUGGUGCACGGCGUCUUCAAGAAGUAUCUUUGAUAAAUGUUGAUUUUUAGAUAUUCAAAUGGCUAAUAAUGAAUUGAAUGGAGCUGGUGAGGAAGAAGAAGGAGAGGAUGAUGAUAGCGAAGCUGGAAAAAGUAUCGAAUUCAGAUUUGUGCCGGAUAAUAAGGAUACUUGUGAGUUUUCGACUGGAAAUCUGAAACUAUUCAGGAUUUUAAAAAUUGUAUCUCGGAAUUGCUAGAAAUCUCGAUUUUCAAUCAAAUUUAUAAACUUUUUCCAAAUCAAGAAUUUUUCAGUAUCUGAAAUCUACCACGAAAUCUGUGUUUGUCAAGAAUUGAACCCAGAAGAAGACGAAAGUUUCUCGGAAGAUGAUAUGGAUUAUGAAGGAGACGAAUUGAAUGGUGGAACUGGAGCUGGAGAUUUCGAAAAUGGUGAUGGACAUCAAUGGAUCACUUCGGAUAAUGUAAGAACAUUUGAAAAUUUCACCUCGAACUGAAAUCUUUAAAAUUGAAGAAAGCUCAAAACUUCUCAUCUGGGACAUUGCUUGAAUAUUGAGAAUUUUUGUGAAAAUUUCAAUUCUCACAGAUUCAAUUGAUAUCCAAAACUCUCAAAUUUUCAGAUCGAUUCAUCCGAUCUUCAACUUUCUGAAGAAGGAAUGGCAAAUUUAAAUCGAAUGCUUGGCCGAGGAAAUCGUGGAAAUAAUGAGGAGAAUCAAGACGAUGAAGAAAUGCAGCAAUAA